UCGAUAUUAGUGAUCAUUUCGCACCUUCUUUUCACUGUCAACUUCCUGUUCUUCGUCUCAUUUCUUCAUUGACCGGCUGUAAUCUCUAGGAUAUCCUCUCACUGGAGAAACAUCUCGCUCCGGCUAACUAACAUUCAGUUACCACAUCGCGAUAAUGACUCCAGAGUAUGAUUACCUGUUCAAGCUUCUUCUCAUUGGAGACUCAGGCGUUGGCAAAUCCUGUCUUCUUCUGAGAUUUGCUGAUGAUUCAUAUAUAGAGAGUUACAUAAGCACCAUUGGGGUUGAUUUUAAAAUACGUACAGUGGAGCAAGAUGGGAAAACCAUAAAACUCCAAAUUUGGGAUACUGCUGGGCAAGAACGAUUUCGGACAAUUACCAGUAGCUACUACAGAGGGGCGCAUGGUAUCAUUGUUGUUUAUGAUGUGACAGACCAAGAGAGCUUCAACAAUGUCAAGCAGUGGCUGAAUGAAAUUGAUCGAUAUGCUAGUGAUAAUGUCAACAAACUUCUGGUUGGAAAUAAGUGUGAUCUUACUGCAAAUAAAGUUGUGUCCUAUGAAACGGCAAAGGCAUUUGCAGAUGAGAUAGGUAUUCCUUUCAUGGAAACCAGUGCAAAAGAUUCUACUAAUGUGGAACAAGCUUUCAUGGCGAUGGCUGCUGCUAUCAAGGAUAGAAUGGCAAGCCAGCCAGCUUUGAAUGAUGCAAGGCCGCCAACAGUGCAGAUCCGAGGACAGCCUGUUGCGCAGAAGAGUGGCUGCUGCUCUUCUUAGGCCAAAAGAAAGUGCUUGUGACUUCUGCUAGAUCAGCUUAUCCAUGGCUUGUAAGAUUACCAAUCUGUCUUGAUUCUCUUGCAAUUACAAAGCUGUUCCUGAUGAACCAUCCUCAUCAAAAUUGCCUCUUUUAAAAUUAUUUAUAGAACCUUGACAAUAUCUGUUUGAAUGCACAUGGUCUUGUACAAAGUAGAAAUGCUAAAAGAUAUUUCAUAUCGUUGCUUGUGACCCAUUCUUUUAAAUUGAAUGUAGUCUCUACUCUUAACUCCUUA